AACCAACUGUUUUUCUUCAAGCGACAGUGAAUGUUGAUAUUUCCGGAUGGACUGUAUUGACCAGAAAUCAUAUUGAGACAUUCUGGAAUAUUUAUUUUUUACUCAAUGAUAGUGUCUUGUCCCUGCUAGAAGCCACCAGAAAAGUUCCACCCUAGCAGCUCACCUCUCCAUCCUCUGUUCCCUGCCUCUGUGUCUUUGGACCUGGGUAGCCAUGCUGCGGGAGGGGGCCAAAGCCUGGAGCAACGUCUCGGAGGCCUACAGCAGCGAUCCUGAAGAGGAGGAGGAGGAGGACAUGGUAUGUGAGGAAGACGAGGACAGAGAGGAAGAGAUGAUGGACCUGAGUGAGCUGCCCACCGCCCUGUUCGCCUGCAGCGUCCACGAGGUCGUGUUCGAGGAGGACCGCCACCGGCUACGAAAGGGAAUGCCAUCAAUAAAUAUGAAACUGGAGAUGGUGACCAUCAUCGCCUGCGAGGUAGACACAGAGGUGUUUACGUCCGACAAGCUGCAGGAGAGGUUCGAGGCCCUGUUCAGGAUCUAUGACGAACAGACGUCCUUCCAGAUGUUCAAGAGCUUCAGGCGAGUCCGCAUCAGUUUCAGCACUCCGGAGGCGGCCGCCCGCGCUCGCAUCGAGCUCCAUGAGACGGAGUUCAAUGGCAAGCAGCUCAAGCUCUACUUUGCCCAGAUUCAGAAUUCUGGGGAGGAUAUAGACAAGUCGUACCUGGCUCCUCCUGCGCCCGUCAAACAGUUCCUCAUCUCUCCCCCUGCCUCGCCACCCGUGGGCUGGAGCCAGAGUGAAGAUGCAACGCCUGUUAUCAACUAUGACCUGCUGUGCGCGGUGGCCAAGCUGGGCCCAGGGGAGAAGUAUGAACUGCAUGCGGGCACUGAGUCAACCCCCAGCGUUGUGGUGCAUGUAUGCGACAGCGAUGCAGAGGAUGACAACGACGAAGCGCGGCCCAAGCAGAAACAGCAGAUCGUCCAAACCCGGCGCCCCGACGGCCCGUCGCAAGUCCUGAACUAGGACGCCCGUUACGGACCCCACUCCUACGACCCCAACACACACACGCACCAAGCCCUGUCUUCUCUGUCUCAGGAGUAGCACAGCAAGACAACGCCCCUCAUUUCAGUUCAACCCAAAACACACAAACAGCAGACAGUUGGUGGUGUUUGUGGAGGGAGCAUGGCUAUUGGAUGGGAUGAGGCGGCCUGGCCUGUAUGGACGAUGGAGGAUGGAUGAGAUUUACACACACUCAUCACACUCAAAGGAAAGGGAGGGAGGGGUGAGGGUGCCUAACUCUUGACCCCUGACCUCGGAUCAGCCAGGGGCAGUAAUGUAACAACUUGUCCUCCUAAAGCAGGCCCCCUGUCAUAGAUUACACACUCAGCUCUCAUCUGUAGUAGUUUGUCUGUAGUAGUACUUAUUUCCUUCCUGCUUACUGUCACCGGUUAGUUGUGUCACGCAGUGGUCUUUCGGGGACAUGCUAUACCUCUAAUGAGGUUUUGAGUUUUUAAACUUUUUUUAUAUACAUUUGUUCUUCUGAUUGUUUGUCUGUUCUUCUUCUGCUAUUUAUGGUAUCAGCUGAUUGGUUGUUUCUGCUAAUACAGAAUGAGGAUUGGUUGUCUGGUAUUCCUCUUCUUGUCUUCAUGUAUAUAUAAGAACAUACUCCUACAGAGACUCAAACACUAAACUGUUAUAUAAAGCAAAGGAAGGUCACACUAAUUAGCAACAGGUGGCCAUGUGGUAACAUCAAAGUUGUGGUGGUGUUUGCAUUUUAUUUCAUUUUUGGGGAGCGGUCUGCUUAUGUCCUUUUAAUCAGAGAGGUGUCUAUUGAAGCGUUGCUGAACUAGGUGUGCAUUCUUCUUAACAUGUAUUUGAUACCACAAACAAUUGUUCUUUUUUUGCAUGCUUACUAACAUAGUCGGGAGCUGAGGCAUUUUAUACUGGUCAAGAUGACAGGGAAAUGGAAUGAAGCUUUUGAUGACACACAUAUCUCUAGUUUUAUAGUGUCAGGUGAGAGGGGAGAGGCCGGCUGGGUGAGUAAAAAGACAGAGUGAAUGAGACCUUUACAGUGUGAGUAAAAGCCUAAGAGUUGGGCUUUAGAGUAGAAGUAAAGCCUAAGAGUUGGGCUUUAGAGUAGAAGUAAAAGCUAAGAGUUGGGCUUUAGAGUUGAAGUAAAGGCUAAGAGUUGGGCUUUAGAGUUGAAGUAAAGGCUAAGAGUUGGGCUUUAGAGUAGAAGUAAAAGCUAAGAGUUGGGCUUUAGAGUUGAAGUAAAGGCUAAGAGUUGGGCUUUAGAGUUGAAGUAAAGGCUAAGAGUUGGGCUUUAGAGUUGAAGUAAAGGCUAAGAGUUGGGCUUUAGAGUAGAAGUAAAGGCUAAGACUAAUCUCCGACAGGAGUGUUGACAUUGUUUCAGAGGGCAUUUAUUUUUAUUCCAUCUUUCCAGUAAUGUUUUGGGGUCUUUUUAUGAUAUCAACACAGCUUUCUUCUUCUCAGACCUAUAUGGCUUGUUUUACACUGAAAAUCUCUCAAUCUCUGGAGCUAUACUAAAGGAAUGUCCUGAUUUUCCUCUGUCAGCUCUUAAAAUGUAAGACUGCUUCUUCGUUCUUGCUGUAAAUAGCUCAAUAGUCAUUAGGUGGAAAUAGUCCAUGAGGUUUUAAUGAUUGACAUUAAGCGUUGGUGAGAAAUUGAAAAAGUUUCAUUUUCCACCCAGCCUCUGGAGAUAUCAACCAAAGCCUCCAUCUCACCUUGCAGUCACAGCACAAACCUUUGGAAACUCAAGAAACUCAAGAGAAAGUUUUAAAAAAUGUUAUUAAAAAUGAGUUUUAUUGUCACAUGAAAUGUGUUUUACAGGGUCAGCCAUAGUAAUACAGCGCCCCUAGAGCAAAUUACUCUAAUUUGGAAUACUGCUGCAUUAACAGUUGUUACUUUGCUCACAGCAAGUACUUUCUAACUCCCAAAUAAAAUGUAUAAUUCAUUUACUGUGCUUUUAGUCAUUCAUUUGAAUCCUAUCCUAAAUAUCUCAGGAGUAAAUUUAAGAGUAACUUUUACCAGAAUGAUAGAUGUUUCUCCUGACCAUGCACUUUGAAUAACAACAAGCAUAAAAUGUCAACUAUAAUGUGUCUGUUAUUGGUCUGUCUGCAUGCGAGCACUUUAUUGUCAGCAGUCUUUUUCUUCUCACUGUAAAGGCAGUCUUUUUUUCUUCUCACUAUAAAGGCAGUCUUUUUUUCUUCUCACUGUAAAGGCAGUCUUUUUUUCUUCUCACUGUAAAGGCAGUCUUUUUUUCUUCUCACUAUAAAGGCAGUCUUUUUUUCUUCUCACUGUAAAGGCAGUCUUUGUUCUUCUCACUGUAAAGGCAGUCUUUUUUUCUUCUCGCUGUAAAGGCAGUCUUUUUUCUUCUCACUGUAAAGGCAGUCAUUUUUCUUCUCACUGUAAAGGCAGUUUUUUUUUCACUGUAAAGGCAGUCUUUUUUUCUUCUCAUUGUAGAGGCAGUCUUGCUAGAGAGAAUGUUCUGUAUUUCUUUUGUUAUUUUUUUAAUCUUCUGUUUUUCAAGAUGAACACCUGGGUAGCCUUCUCACUAGCAGAGCAGCGUGAGUUUAACACUCAACAUCUCUUGCUACUGGGGUUUUGAAGGCUCGGAGGCCUUUGGAUAUAUGUGCAGGAGUGUACUACUGAAUAGGUGUGGUAGGAAGAACAGGAAAAUGUGUCUUUUGAGAUGAUGGUUGAUUGCAACCACAGAACAAAUGUGUGUUUUUGUUAGUGUUUGUCCCUGGAACAUCAUUUCAAGUGCAAGCUUUGUCCUUUCAGAGGUGACUUCUAAAAACCAAGCAGCCAGCGAGUGUUGAAACACAAUGCAAUGGCACAGAAUCUUUCUAGUUGUGCUGACUGGUGAUAAUAUUGCUGAUUGAUGACUAAGAUAAUGAUUAUUGUUGACGAGGCUGAUCUGAUGUUUUCUACCGACUGCUGUCUCUGAAACUGGGAGCAUGUUGGGUCACAGGCGAAACGAGAAACAUUUAUAGUGAUUUUGUUGCCGACACCAGUUCCAGUAUGCGGCUAAAAAAAUGUUGGCUUCUAAUUUUAUGUUGAUGUAAAGAUAAAAAAAUGAAUAAAAAGUUCUGAAAUGCUCGAUCAAAUCAAUUCUUAUUGUGUCGUGUUAAAAAUUGACUCAAUGUUGGUUUUUUUGGAACGUCUACAAAACAAAACGGUCAAUACUGUCCAUUACUGUUGUAUACUGUUCUGUUGAAAUCUGAAUAUUAUGUCUAGUACUGUAGUUAUCCAGAAAACGAAGUAGCAAUCAAGCAAUAAUUUACAGUUAUAUACAGGUAUCUGUAUUUUAUGUUGUGUACAAAUUUCCAGAGUUUGUUGUCUCUGACUGUUACAACAGUACUUGCUUAUACUUGCUUAUAUUUGUGUGGUAUGACGGUCAUCCGUUUCACAUGAGAAAUACAUAAAGAACUAUUCUUAAAGA